AUGGAGACCACUAACUAUUUUCAAGAUAUUCCUUACCAAUCUAAAAUAACCCCUCAACUCAUAGUUAUUUCAGGUGAUGAUUCAGCUAAAAUUGAAGAAUUAAAGCAACAAGGUGUCCCAAUUAUAGGAACUCACUCUUAAUCUUUCCAUUGCGAUGAAGUCUUAGCAACAGCUAUGCUGCUUUAUACAAAUAAGUUUAAGGAUUCUGCCAUAGUAAGAACAAGAGACGAUAAACUUUUUGAUACUUUUGACAUCAUUUGUGAUGUGGGUGCAGUCUUUGAUGCAGAAAAACUUAGAUUUGAUCAUCAUUAGAAAUCAUUUAACACAUACUGGUCUGAAAAUGAUACAAAAGAUAAUGGUGGAAUCAAGUUGUCUAGUGCUGGCCUUAUUUAUAAAUAUUUUGGCAAAGAAGUCCUAGCCAACAUUCUUCAGGAGGUUUGGCAAACUAGUUACACAGAAGAGAACCUUGACCAAAUUUACAGCUAGCUCUAUUUAGAAUUUUUUAAAGAGAUAGAUGCUAUCGAUAAUGGUGUGACCUUGGGCAAAGACUUGAAUUACUAAAUAAGAACAGAUUUGAGUUAUAAAGUUUCAAGAUUUAACAAAGAAUGGAACGCUCCAAAGGAAAAAAAUGAGGAAUUGCAAUUUAAAAAGGCUAUGAGAUGUGUUGAGGAGGAAUUAAUGUACCAAAUAAAAGCAGUCUCCCAAAUUUACUUACCUGCAAGAAUUAUUGUCGAAGAUGCAUGGAAAAAUAAAGAUGAUUUCCAUCCAAGUGGAGAAAUAAUUUUUGUUGCAACAUCAUGUCCAUGGAAAGAUCAUUUAUUUGAAAUAGAAGAGAGCAAUGGAAAAUAGGGUCUUAUUAAAUUCGUAAUCUACAAAGAUAACAGAGGAUUGAAUAGAGUGCAAGCUGUGGGAAUCAAGGGAGAUCAAUUUGGCCAAAGAGUUACAUUGAGCAAGAAAUGGCAUGGCCUUAGAAAGAAUGAUUUUGAUAAAAUUGAGGGUUUCGAAUUUAAAGAUCUUGACUUUGUACAUCACAGUGGUUUUAUUGGUGGAGCCUGGUCUAUGGAAACUGCUAUCAAGAUGGCUGAGAUCUCUAUCCAAGAACAUAAUGAGGAGCAAGCUACAAAGGUGGCUCCACUAGCCCAAGAACAGAAGCAAGUCGAAUGA